AUGAAGCUCCUCAAGCAAUACAACCAUUAUCACUACUACAAUUACGCCGAAGAAUACGAGUUUUCGGCUUCGAGCACGCCUCUGUUUGGGUUUCAGAGGAAGAAUAUAGGCAGAGCCAGUUUUAAAAAGUUGUACCCUGAUUUUUCAAUGUUUUCCAAAUGCUUGGGCAGUUUUGGAGGUGAAGAGAAGGAUAAUAAGAUGUAUUGCUUGGAGAUGGGUUUCGAGGUCCAAGCCGAUCUUGUCGGAGACCGAGAAUGGACGGCCGAGAUUGGUUCGUGGGAUGAUGAUGAAUCGGUGGAUGAGAGGGCUGAGAGGUUUAUACAGAGGUUUUAUGAAGAUAUGAGAGAGCAGAGAAAAGAAUUGAUUUAUGUGAAUUAA